CGUGAAAACAAAGGUGCCGAUUGAAUUCCUGUAGUGGCACGCAGGGAUGCGAGCGGAAUACAAAUGUGCCUUUGUAUUGCUGGCUCUGCUCCUUUGUAUUCCGGGCCCGAUGGAUGGGGGUGCGGCCGUGCUCCGCUCGCUCCCCAGCCCGGCGAGGAGCUGCUGUGCCGAGGAGCGCCUGACUGCCGGCCCCGCAUCGGCAGCGUCUCGGCAGCAUCCUGGGAAUCGCAGGCGAUCACAUGAGCCUGCCUUUCCAGCUCAGUUCAUUAGUCAGCCAUUUUGGUCGCCACCCUGCUCCCUGCGCACAGCCAAUCCCGGCGGCACUCGCUGCCCGGGCUGCGCCGGGAGAGGGGAGCCGCGCUCGGAGCUCGGCGCGCCGGGACGCUGCCUCUCCGCUCGUCCUUUGUUUUUGUUUUUUUUUUUCUCGGGUCAUCACCAGAGGAAGACAAUAUUUUUUUGCUUCUGCUGCCUCUUUUAUUUAUUUUUGAAAAUAUUUUUUCCUUGUUUUUCCCUGCUACCUCUGGUGGAGAAGCCAGGUUUUCUGUGGAUGCUGAGGAUCAAUAGCCUCUAGCAUAGCUGGAGACGACGGCAGUCGGUGCAAGGAGGGAGGCAGAGCUAAGCGGGAAGGAGCAGCGUUUUUACCUUGCUUGAUCUAUGAAAAGGCCAGAGCAGCCUCUGUGAUCCUGAGCAAUCUGUCCUUUAAUCGCAAGCGACAUGCCAACCCCCACCACAGACAAGAUCACUCAGGCUGCCAUGGAGACCAUCUAUCUUUGCAAAUUCCGCGUGUCGAUGGAUGGAGAGUGGCUGUGCUUGCGCGAGCUGGAUGACAUCUCGCUGACACCCGACCCCGAGCCUACCCACGAAGACUCUUGGGAGGAUUUGACAGAUGUGGUGGAGCAAUUGCGCGAUGAUGAUUCCGAAGACCCGAAUUACCUGAUGGCUAACGAGCGCAUGAACCUGAUGAACAUGGCCAAGCUGAGCAUCAAGGGGCUCAUCGAGUCCGCGCUGAACCUGGGCCGCACGCUGGACUCGGACUACGCCCCCCUGCAGCAGUUCUUCGUGGUGAUGGAGCACUGCCUCAAGCACGGCCUCAAAGCCAAAAAGACUUUUCUCGGGCAAAAUAAGUCAUUUUGGGGACCUCUAGAAUUAGUAGAAAAACUUGUUCCUGAGGCUGCAGAGAUUACAGCAAGUGUUAAGGAUCUCCCAGGGCUCAAGACACCUGUGGGCAGAGGAAGAGCUUGGCUUCGCCUGGCUCUGAUGCAGAAGAAACUUUCAGAGUACAUGAAAGCCUUGAUUAACAGAAAGGAUCUUCUCAGUGAAUUUUAUGAGCCCAAUGCACUGAUGAUGGAGGAGGAAGGUGCCAUCAUUGCUGGCCUCCUCGUAGGUCUGAAUGUCAUCGAUGCCAACUUCUGCAUGAAGGGAGAGGACCUGGACUCCCAGGUCGGAGUUAUCGAUUUCUCCAUGUAUUUGAAAGAUGGGAACAGCACGAAAGGCAGCGAAGGAGAUGGUCAGAUAACUGCUAUUUUGGACCAGAAGAACUAUGUAGAAGAGCUCAACAGACAUCUAAGUGCUACAGUAAACAACCUGCAGGCCAAGGUGGAUGCCUUGGAGAAAUCCAACACAAAGCUGACUGAGGAGCUUGCAGUUGCCAACAACAGGAUCAUUACACUGCAGGAGGAGAUGGAGCGUGUUAAGGAAGAAAGCUCCUACAUCCUGGAGUCCAGCCGUAAGGCCACCAAGGACAGAAGUGCUGACGGGCAGGCGCUGACUGAGGCACGGAAGCAGCUGAAGGAGGAGACUCAGCUGCGCCUGGAUGUGGAGAAGGAGCUGGAGGCGCAGAUCGGGAUGCGGCAGGAGAUGGAGCUGGCCAUGAAGAUGCUGGAGAAGGAUGUCUGUGAGAAGCAGGAUGCCCUGGUGGCACUCAGACAGCAGCUGGACGAUCUCAGGGCUCUAAAGCAUGAACUGUCUUUCAAGCUGCAGAGUUCAGACAUGGGAGUGAAACAGAAGAGUGAAUUAAACAGCCGCUUGGAAGAAAAAACAAAUCAGAUGGCUGCCACCAUCAAACAGCUGGAACAAAGAUUGCGACAGGCAGAGAAGGACCGGCAGCUGGCCCUGCAGGACAACCGGCUCUUCAAGCAGGAGUUUGGGGACAAAAUCAACAGCCUCCAGCUGGAAGUGGAAGAGCUCUCCAGGCAGCGGAGCCACCUAGAACUGGAGCUAAGGCGGGAAAGAGACAGAUGGUCUCACAGUCACCAGCGCAGCCAAGAAAGCAAAAAAGGCCCAAAGAAUUGGCUCAGACAGGAUGGGAAGCUCAAAGUCCAGGAAGAAAAUGCUAAACUGAAGCAGGCGCUGAGAGAGAACAGUGUCCUGCCACACAGGUCACCCAGCAGCACGCAGGAAGAGCAGGAGCAGCUGUCGGGGCCUGGGCACGCCGAGAUGUGCCAGCUGUGCCAGGAGGAGGACAGCCGGAGCCAAAGGAAGAACAUCUGCAAGAACUGUGGGGGCACCUUCUGUGAAACCUGCUCGGCGCACGAGCUGCCCCUCCCGUCCAGCAUCAACCCCGAGCGCGUCUGCAACCCCUGCCACCAGCGGCUCAUCCAGCAGUAUUCCAGCAGCCCCUUGUAGGAACAGGUGGCACAGAGGUGACAAACAGCGGCUGUGGCUGACAGUGUCUCUGGAGUUGCUCAGGGGAAUGUGAAGACACUUGCCCAUGUGCUUUGGAGGUCAGAUGGGAAGCAGCUUCUUGGUGUUUAGAAUCUCCUGUUACUAAAACAACAGUCUGAGCCCUUAAAUCAGCCUGAGCUGUGGAGAAUUCCAUUGGGAAUGUCACAUGGGGCAGCCCCAAGGUGUGCCUGAGCAGUCUCAGGACUCUGGGAGCCCCUGCCCAAACCAGAGCUGUCAUCUGCGAAGUUGGGAGUGUUCUCACCCUCACGUGUGUGGUGUGGGUGUGUGCUGCUGCUGCUGAGCAAAGGCUCCCCAAAACCCAGCAGGACUGUUGGUAUUCCUCACGUCUGGCUGCACUUGAAAUCCCAUUUCCCCUUUUCCGUUUGCCCUGGACAGGCUGGCUGAUCCUGGGAACCCUGGGCAGGGCAGGUGGGCACCAGUGAACACAUCCUCCCUGCAUGUCCUUGGCUCAGGGCUCUCACCAGGGGCUUAGCCUGCACAGGGACACCCCAAACCAAGCUGUGAAUGUUCUGUUCCCCCUCUGGGCUUUAGGGGCUGGGCCCAAUCCCCAUCACACAGAGGUUUAGGGCCACUUGGAUCCACCUUGCACGCAUGGAAAUGUUACAAUAAACCUGGCAUUUCACUUUUUGUUGGAUCAAAACUAAGUGGGAACACUUUUCACCUGUUGGGAAUUUUAAUUGCACAUAGAGCUCAGAGAGGUUCUGUGGUUUGUGCCACAGCAUUUUUUGUUACUGUUGCCCUGAGGGAUUUUGCUAGUCCAAAAAGCAGUGGUGGCUUUCUCGUGUCACAGGAAUGUUUACUCCUUUUCCUGCUGGCACCUCCUGCAGUGUCUGAGACCACACCAUGUCCUGUAGUUCACAGAAGAGGGCUGCACUGGUGUGACAGAUGCACUGGGGUUUGGGCAGAUGUUGUAGGGGGUAGUGGUUAAUUCCUUGGAGGGGAUUUCCUAGUCACUAGAUGGGCUGGAACCACAUGGAAAAACCUCUUGGAGCUGAGGUACUGACAUGGUUGGUACUGCUUUGUACCAGGAAUCAUCUCUCCUGCAUCCUUUUAGCACUUGGCAUGUUCAGCCACCCAACUUCUACUGUUCUCUGCUCUUCUGCCCCUUCCUGACCCAUUUCCCUGCUGAUGUGGCGGGAGUUGUAAGCAGUGGUGCAAUACCAAAAGCCUGGAAUUCAGUUGAAUUCCUGAGUUCUCUGAAGGGCUGAGACACAGGAGGUGGACGGAGAAAACACUGAAUUAGUGUCAAUAGUUUUGGGUACUUACUGUACACCUGCAGCAGUGUCAGCUCCUGCACCCAACCCCAGUGGGACUCAUCCCCAGAGGAGAAAAUAAGACCCAGGCAAUGCAGAGGGAGCAUUAAACUGGAAAUGGAGGAUUAAAGUCCGUGGAGCAGGGAGGUGGCUGAGCCCCUCCAGAGCACAGCACUGGUGGCUGCCAUGGUCCUGGCCUUUUGGAAGGUGGGAGCAGGACUGUGCUGGCUGCUGGCUCCCUCUGUGCUCAGGUACUCUGAGUGAGGCCAGGGUGGGCUCACAGCUGGCCUUGGGAAUGGGGGGACAGGUUUUCUGAUGUUAAUUUUGUUCCACACAAUAAAGAACCUUGAUCAUUCA